CGCCACCAUUAGACAUGUCACGGUUGAUUGCACUUCUUGAACAAGUUUGCUGGCAAGAGUGCUAAUAACCAAUGUAGCGCCACUUCCAAGUUAUUCAAAACAGUUCGGAGAUACUGAGAAUAUACUAUAAUUUCUGAUUGGCAGACGACGACGUGGGCAGAGAGUUGAAGUUGGCGGGACACUAAUUUAUCUAAUUGAUCAAGUUUACAAGCAGUAGGAGUGGAACUAAAGGCGAUAAUUCGAUUGAAUUUUUGUACUGGUUAAGUUCCUCUUCAAAAAAUAAGGUGUGGUACAGUAGACGAUCACCAUGGCAACAACAUCCUGUGGCACAUGUGCCAAAAUUGUUUUAUUUAUAACAAAUUUGAUAUUUUGGAUAACUGGAAUAAUACUACUUGGAGUCGGCAUUUGGGUAACCAUAGAUAAAACAAGUUUGGAGUUUUUAACGCUGUUUCAUCAUCCUUCCCUGAAAGUGUUAGCUUAUAUGUUGAUUGGAAUCGGAGGAUUUGUCACCAUUUUGGGAUUCCUUGGAUGUUUUGGAGCAUGUCACGAACAGAAAUGGAUGAUUAUUACAUAUUUUGUUGUUGUAUUGCUACUUCUCCUGGCCGAAAUUGUCUGCGUCAUCCUAGUGUUUGCCUUCCAAUCGGAAGUGGAAAAGUUUGUGGGCGACCAACUAGAUGAUUCAAUACAGAAGGAAUAUGGCACUGAAGGCGAUGAGGGGGUAACUACUUCAGUUGAUGCCCUCCAGAUCUCAUUAGAAUGCUGCGGAAAACAUAACUACACUGACUGGGAAACUUCUAAUUGGAGUAAAACAAACAUGUCACUCUCAAUGCCAUUUCCAAUUUCAUGUUGUAAGACAAAAGAGGGCGCCCUAGAGAAACUGAUCAAUAAUGAAGCAGUGGAGCCGGUAGAUAGAGAGAAGUGUUACAGCUCACAACCUAAUGAGUUUAUGUAUAGUGAAGGAUGCUACGACUCUUUAUAUGAAAUUUUCCUGGAGAAUUUGUGGGUAAUCGGUGGUAUUGGUAUAGGCAUUGCAGUUUUACAGGUCCACACACUUUUUAUAACUACCAUUUUCCUGGCUAAGUUGACAAAAGAUCGGUAUAUAUAUGUGCGAAGUCCUCGCAACUACCGAUCAAUCCGUUCUCCAACUGAUGAUAAAACAUAUGAGAACAACACCUAUAUGCGUGACACAAGAUGUUAAAAUGCUGCUGGCUUUGUAGUUAUGCUUUUUGUGUUAGUCUUAGCCCUUUCAUUGGUACGCAAUUUAAAAGAUGAUUAUGAAUGAAGAGGAGAAUGAGGAUGUGCCCCGACAAUGCAGUGGGUCUACUUAGCAACCAGUCUGAGAGAAAACCUGGAUAGCACCAUUCAACAAUUACCCAGCAUGCAUGCAUGCUUUUAUAUUUUCAUUUUCAAAAAAAAAUUGUUCAAUUUAUAACAUUAUAAAUUAUAAUGGCAUAUCAUAUUAAUCUUAAUAAAUAAAUAUUAAUCAAUAAUAUAUGAUGAAUGGAUACUGAUGAAAAUAUGAACUUUAUUUUACUGGUUGAUAUUGUUUAUAUUUUAGUAUAUUAAAUAAUUCUUUGACCCAGAUGACAUUUGCAAUGCAUGUAACGUCUGUUAAGAGCAUUUUUUAUCAAAUGUAUAACAUACAUGAUUACUAUAACAAUGAAAAUGGUCACUUUUAUAAAGAGUAAUUUAUAUAUAAGUUACAUUUUAUUUCAAGAUAUGCCAGAUUUUUUUUUUUUACUUUCAUGCGACAUCGAAUUAGGAAACAAAUUUUGAUGGUUUCAUCCUAGACACGGCAUAAGAUUCUGACCAUAAAAAAAGAAUUAACAUUUUUUAAAAGUUGAAACAUCAACUCUUAAAACGACUGAGGAGUAUAUUAAUUAUAUGUAUUUGAAUCUAGUUUUACCAAAAGAUGAUUAAUGUACUAAAAAUAUCUUCAACAUACACCAUUCAAAUUGCCUAUUUUACAAAAGGUGUUUUCACUACAGUAGUUUUUGUACACUCAUCAGUAGGGGGGUCAUCUUGGUUAUUUUGGAUCUGAUAAUAGUCAAAAAUAACCAGAAAACAUAAGUAUGGCAUAAUUAUAAUAAUGAUAUCAUUAUUUUAUGAUUGAAAAAUUAUGUAUGCCUAUUAGUAACUCAUAAAUAUUUGAUAACUAAAUACUAGAAUCCAUUUUAAUUAGAGAUCUUCCAUUGUUUAGUAACUAAUUGCCAAUAUCAUUUCUGUUAAAAGUCAUCCAAACUGUCACGUUUUAUUCGACAAAAACAUGUGACAUGUCUAAAGAUGGUCUGAUGACAUCACAUGACCAUAUAUAGGCACAUCAUGACUAUAUAUGGGCAUACAACAGUUAUGAUGACAUCACAUCAUGACCAUAUAUAGGCACAUCAUGACUAUAUAUGGGCAUACAACAGUAUCUGUCAAUGCAAAUUUGAUAGUCUAUACAGAGCUUAAGAAAAUAGAGUAUUGGAAAUAAUAUUCAAAUGAACUGUCUGUCAGGAUUUUAUCAUCAGUAUGAGCUUUAACUAUCUAUAAUGGGAAAUGAACAUUAGUUUUAAAAUGAGUUAAACCAAAAUAUUCUAAAAGUUUACACAGGAAAAUGUAUAUGCUUUGUAUAAGACAUUUGUACAAAUAUGAGGACUUCCAGUAUCUUAUGAACAAACUAUGAAUGUUAAUGAGUGAAUUGUUUGAAUUUGGUCAAAUGAGUGAUAUUAGAAAAACACAUUUUGAUAAAGAAUGUUUGUGGAAUUUAGGUUUGGAAGUUUAGUUUUAGAAUCUGUAGAUUGUAUGUACAGUAUGUGCAUUAUAAAGUAAUAAAUUCUUCUUUAAUUGAUUACAAUUAUUAAAAUUAUUUUUAUUUAAUAAUGACUCCAUCCUAUAUCUGCCAACUGGAAUUUAUAUGUUAAAUACUACAUAGAAAUUCCAAGUAAAUUCCAAAGAACCAUGUGCCAAUUUUUAAUUAUUUUUUUGUUAAUAAUAAUAAUAAUAAUAGAUGGAUUUUUAGCGCAAAUAAACAAGGUUUCUAUGCGCUCGGGACUAGAUGAUCAUUAUUAUUAUUUACUUUUCUGUCAUUAAUAGUAAUACUGAUAUUAUUUGUUUUAUGUUAUUUUUGACAUGUUAUGUAAUGUAUUAGCAAAUACGUAAUAUGGGAUGAAGCAAAGAUAUCUUUAUUCAUUCAUUUUAAAAAUGUUACGAGGCACUUUAUACAUUUCUACAAUAGUAUAUGAUUAAUUCAGUUGAAUAAACCUAGAGAAGUGUUGGCUAUAUAUAGUGAGCAUUUUCCAGUUUUGAAACAUACAAACAAAAUUUAUUGUGGAAUGCUGUGUUUUAUAAAUGUUUUAUUUUUGUAUCCUUGUAUAUAGCAAACUGUUGAAAUAUAGGUUGGUUUAUUAUCUUGUUUUUAAUGUUUUGGAUAAAAUUGCACAAUAUUUUAGCUUUGUAUAUAUUUAUAUAUAAUAUAUAUAUAUGUGUGUGUACUGUAUACAUCGUAUUGUUUACUAUUUCCCUCUCCUGUACAGGAAAAAAAAUACCCUUUCACAAAUUGUGUGAUUUAUUAUUUGCUUGGAUAAUUAUUUCGGGGUUUCAUCCAAUCAUUUGAUUGCAAAUCAUGCAAUCAUAUUACAAGGUUUAUUUAAUCAAAUGGAUUGUACUGCACAUAAUAAUUUAUAAAUUUAACUGUUAGUUAUUUCAAUGUUUUAAAAUGUUGUUUUAUCUGUCAUCCAAAGAAUAUCAUUAUGUAUACAAAAAUGAGUUAUAUAUUAUGAUAUUGAAUUAUGUAUUAACACUAUUCCUGCAGUACUUAUCCACAUAGCCUAAUAAUAAUAACUACAAAUUCUUCAGGUGCUACGUAAACAUCUAAAAUAUAUUGUUUGCUAACAGAUAAAAAUAGCAUUAAAUUUUCAAACUACAAAAAUGUACAUAAAAUUUCACAUACCACUUUCAAAUUUGUUAGGUUAAAUUAAUUGUUAUGCUCUCUGUCCAGAAUAUUUAUUUGAUAAAAAAAUCAUGGGACAUGCCUAAAUAUGGUCAUGAUGACAUCACGCCAUGAACAUAUAUAAGCACAAAUCAGUUUUUUGUCAGUCUGGACAGAAGAUUUGGUUGCAAGAUGGUUAUUUUUGUUGCGCACUUGAAGGGUUGAUUGAUGUUGCAUUAAUUUCCUUUGUUAAUUGAUGUAUUUUAUCAUUCAACCUCUACUAUAAUGGAUCUUUCCGAAGUGUCCAUAAAACUUAAAAACUGACCAAUCAAAACAGAGCCACGAAUACGCGCAAUAAUAUCCAAGGGGGCGUGGCUUAGCGAAAAGGUCCAUUAGCCAUUGAAACAAAUGAAGUUAAAUGAAACAAUGUUUUAUACAAAUGAUAUGUAAAAUAAAUUUCUGUCUAUAAUUUCAUUUUGUGCAGGUUUUGCUAAAGUAACUAAUUACCUGAUGGGGACUAAAUAUAUUUUGUUUUUCUCCAUGAUUUGUCUAGCAGUAUAGUAUACACAUUAAUUUAUUGUAUGAUUUGCAGUUAUAUAGUUUUAUGUGAGCAUCCAAAAUUUUUCCAGAACUAACAAACAAAACAGUAGAUAAAAACCCAAUAAUAAAAAUAUAUUCAGCCACUGAAAAUUAAUCAGUUUAUGGCGGCCAUUGACUAGACAUUCUAGCUGGUUCACAUUAAUGAUUUCUUCCACAGAUUUAGGUAUGUUUUUAAGUGGAUGAAACUACUUUGUAUGCCAACGAGUUAUCCUUGUUUGUAUUUGAAAGUUGUGCUGUUGGUUAAUUGAUGAUUAGUUAUCCGAUUUUGUAUGUUUUAUUGUAUUCUACCAAAUAAAUACUGUGUAUAGCUAAA